AUGACCAAGCCCAAACUUAAACCCAAGCUCCCCACCAAGCCCCGUUCCUCCACGAACAAGCCCCCUCCUCCAGUCAAAGGCCCCAAGACCCGCACCAUCUCCAAGUCCCUCGUACUCCAGAUGCUCCUCGUAAAGCUGGCAGACUCGAAGACGUGUGACUGGCAUGCGCUCUCUCUGCGCCUCGCACCACCCAAGUCAAAGCGAGGGAAGGUGAAGGCGGGCAUCUCGGGAAGCGACCUCCAUGAGCUGUACCAUAACUUCAUCCUGCCUGGCCUGAAGGCUGGUCGCCCUCUCUGGAGGGAGGGAGAGGGUAGAGAUGUCGAGGUUGAGGAAGGCGAGGAAGGUGAGGGCGAGUUUGAGGAGGAGGAAGGUGCUCCCACGUCCCCAGUUGCGUGCCAACGAGGCGCCGCUAGACUGACCACGGUCGAUGAGGGAGGGAAGAGGGAGGAGGAGGAUGAUGAAGACGAAGAAGGUGACGACGGGGCCGACAUCGAUGACGAAGAAGCCGAGAUGAAGGCCGCAUUAACCCCCACCAAGCUCAACUCCAAGGCGGUCACAAGCAACUCACCUGAUCUCAAGGCCGUCGACACCGAUGCAGAGCCCCAAGAAGACCGCGAUGUCGAAUUCGAAACGUCAUCGCGGAACAAGAGCGAGCGCAGGUCGCCCGAGGUUGAGACGGAGCCCGAGGAAGGCGUAGAUAGCGAGCACGAGGCGGAGCCGGUCCGCCGGUCGUCGUCGUUCGCUCGCGCUCCUAGCCUCACGCUACCCGCGCGUCCGCAACACACGGGGAAGGAAGACGAGCUCGUCGCGACGGAGAAGAUGGAGUCUUCCUCAAGCUCUAUUCCCACCAGCCUACGCCUCAAUCUGGAGGACAACGACAACGAAUUCAAGAACGAAGACGGCGACGAGACCAAAGCGAGCGGCGAUGAGUCGGAAUGCGAGCCGGAGACACGUACGAUGCGUUCACCGCACUCCAGCUCGACGCGCGACACACCCUCGGCCCGGUUCGUGAAGUCGCCACGCAAGAGCGCCAACUGCCAACCCCCAUCCAAGCCGCAGGGCAGCGACGACACGCGCGAGACGCGACGGACGGGUCACUGGCCCAAGCGCAAGUAUACCCGCACCAGAUUUCCGACUGUCAUCGACGCCGAGUCGCAGGCGAAGAGUUGCAAGAUAUUUCCACCGCCGACGCUCAAGAAUGCUCGGAAGCAGCCAUCUGCCUCGUCUCCGGUUGACCCGUGUCCUUCUGCCAGCGACCCGAAUCACGAGGACGACCCCUUCGACGACACCGGCAGCGCACAGUACGUCGGCGAACGCGAGCCACCGCGCAAGCGAGCCAAGGUUGAACCCUUCGACUUUGACGAUGAGCCGAGCUCGUCCGCAACCUCACCCAAGACCACGUCAACUCCCAAGGCCCCAAAGGCCCCCCUUAAGUCGUCUGUGAAGAGGACCCCCAAGACUGCACCACUGGCAAAAACCGCCCAUGUCCCCAAGUCCACGCCCAGGACCCCAACCCCGGUCGCCAAGCCCCUCGCCAAACCUGCGCCGAAGCAGCGCCGCAAGAUGCAGACGAAGAACGAGUCGCCGGCCGAGGCUCCAGCCCCCAAGCGCUCGUACUGGGCCCAGUAG